AAUAAGCGUAGGCGUAGACUCUCUCUCUCUAAAAAGCUAUUAAGAGGUAGAGUCUAGAGUGAGACAAAAGAAAAUGACUUUGUUUGGCAAUUGAUUGGGCCAAAGCCAGAGAUAGAGAGAGAAGCAUAAAAGUGACAAAAAAAAAAAAAAAAAAACGAAACCAAAUCAAAGUAGUAGUAGUAGAUGAAGAACAAGAAACAGGAGCAGUUGGAUUUCAGUUGGGGGGCUCAGCUUUGAGAAAGCAGCCAACAAAAGCCAAAAAAAAAAAAAAAAACCUCAGAGAAAGAAGAAGAAGAUAAAAGAAAGGAAGGGGCAGCUCGGGCAUCUUGGUUUGGGCUUCCUCGACCUUAAAACUCUUCCAUGGUACCCUCUGGCAACAACAGUCCUACCGGAAUCCACAACUUUGGCGGCGGAGUUGGGCGAUUCUGGUCGGCUGUGGCGACGCCGCCCUUCAAAAUUUCCGUCGCCGUCACCGCCCUCGCCGGCCACGCUCUCUUCGCUGCUAUUUUCUACACCAGCACUAGGUAAAAAAAAAAACAAAAAAAUUGAUCAAUCAUUCAAUGCUAAACGGUGAAAAAAAAUCUCCAAAAACCCUAGUAACGAUACGUAGUGAGAGUAGUGUGAUAAAAAUCAAAUUUUAAUAGAUGAGAGCUCUUAGACGAAGUCAGAGUUCGUCUUCAUCUCCAAACUCACCUUCAUCGUCAUCGUCUUCGUCAUCAUCGUGGAUUCAUUUGCGCUCGGUUCUUUUCGUUGUUACUUCUUCUUCACCAGCUUCUUGUUCUUCCUCUGAUCGUGGUCGACUCAAAUCACCCUGGUCUCGCCGGAGAAAGAAACAUGCCCUUUCACCUCAGCAGUGGAGAAGUUUGUUUACACCUGAUGGUAGACUCCGGGAUGGUGGAGUCAAGUUCUUGAAGAAAGUUCGCAGUAGAGGUGUUGAUCCAAGUAUUACGGCUGAGGUCUGGCCCUUCCUCCUCGGGGUCUAUGACUUAAACAGUUCCAAAGAAGAAAGAGAUGCUGUUAGAACUCAGAAAAGGAAAGAGUAUGAAAAACUCCGCAGAAAGUGCCGGCGGCUCCCAAAACACAACACUGGGAGUUUUAAGUUAAUUGAAAUUGGUGAAACUUGUCAAAAUGGAGACAGUGGAAGUCUUAUUCAGGAGACAGACACCUGUAGCUCUGAAGAUGUGGUUAGUGCCAGAGAAUCUCUCUCUAGUGAGGAAAGGAGCCCGGAUGCUGAGUUCUCAGAUGAACCAUCCAGUACAUUAUUGGAAGGAGAUGAUAGUUCGAGAAGAAUUACAAAUGCUAAUGUGUCAGCAAUGAACAGUGAGUCAUCAGACUCUGACUCGUCAGAAGACCCUGAAGUGAUUCAGGGUUCCCCCUCUUUGGAUGGCAGGGAGGAGAAUGAUCCUGACGUGUAUUCAAAAAGGAAUGUUUCUCCCUCAAGCACUGAUGGGCAAUCAAAACUAUGUGCAACUGAAGGUUUUUCCACCUGGCAGCGAAUCAUUCGUUUGGAUGCUGUUCGUGCCAAUGCUGAAUGGAUGCCAUACUCUGCUUGUCAGGCUGCAGUAUCUGAUGGGAGGGCACGCCGUUCGGCUCAGGCUGUUGGGUUAAAGGAUUAUGAUCACCUGGAGCCCUGCAGAAUUUUCCAUGCUGCACGUUUGGUUGCUAUCCUUGAAGCUUAUGCACUUUAUGACCCUGAAAUUGGCUACUGCCAGGGCAUGAGUGAUCUCCUUUCUCCAAUAAUUUCAGUCAUCCCAGAGGAUUAUGAGGCUUUCUGGUGUUUUGUAGGUUUCAUGAAGAAGGCUCGACAUAAUUUUAGGCUUGAUGAGGUGGGGAUCAGGAGGCAACUUAAUAUUGUUUCCAAGAUAAUAAAAUGUAAGGACUCUCACCUCUACAGGCAUUUGGAGAAGCUCCAGGCUGAGGAUUGCUUUUUUGUUUAUAGGAUGGUGGUGGUACUGUUUAGGAGGGAAUUGACAUUUGAACAGACAAUUUGCCUUUGGGAGGUAAUAUGGGCAGAUCAGGCAGCCAUUAGAGCUGGGAUUGGGAAGUCUGCCUGGAGCAGGAUAAGACAAAGGGCACCCCCAACAGAUGAUUUAUUGCUUUAUGCAAUUGCAGCUUCAGUGUUGCAGAGGAGGAAAUUGAUCAUAGAGAAGUAUAGCAGCAUGGAUGAUAUUUUAAGGGAGUGCAAUAGUAUGGCCGGGCAACUUGACGUAUGGAAACUCCUAAAUGAUGCGCAUGACUUGGUGGUAACUCUUCAUGACAAGAUAGAGUCGUCCUUUUGAUCAUUGCUACAUUUUGUCCACUAAUUUGAUGUUCUCGGGUUCUUUCCUGAAUCUGGGUUCUGUGGGUAAUUCAGUCUCUUUUUGACGCACCGCUUGAAAUGCUGUCUUUGCUGAGUUAUAUUUGCUUAUUUUGCCACUGCUCACUCUCAGGGCUUAUUGCAGUGGCAGUAGUUGAAAAAUGCUUAUUUAGUAGAUAAAUCUGCAUUCUACUGCUC